CGGUUAGGGUUAGGGUUAGGGAUAGGGUUAGAUUAACAAAUAAGCCACGCCUACCUGAUGACGCAAUAGCUGUUAAACUGUACUGAAAUCCCUGGAAAUAAUAAGUGCCUGCCGACAAUCUGCACUGCUGCUCACACCACGCAGCGAGACACUUUGUGCGUAAAGGAAAGGACGAGUCAAGUGCAGCUUCCCGAAAUAUUGUGGGAAGAGAUGGUCUUUUCUUCAGGACUGACAUAACAUUUAAAGCGCUCAGAAUCAGACUCUGUUGCAGCCAAGAAAACUGGAUGUCAGACUUAUAUUUCUGGCAGAUAGCACAGAUGGACAGAAUGUAUGCCACAAGAUGGGGCAGUACACAGUCAUGAAGGAAAAGAGAAGUUAGGAAAGCAGAUAUCUCAUCUGGGCUUAAUGGUCAUAGGCAGAUGAUUUUGCCGAAACAGUGAAUAUGGCCCCAAAUUCCAUCCACUGGUUUCGGAAGGGCCUGCGUCUGCAUGACAACCCUGCACUUCAGGAGGCAGUGCGGGGUGCAGCCACCAUUCGAUGUGUUUACUUCCUGGACCCCUGGUUUGCUGGGUCCUCCAACCUUGGGGUCAACAGGUGGAGAUUUCUCCUUCAGUGCCUAGAUGAUCUUGACUCCAGUCUCCGGAAGCUCAAUUCACGCCUUUUUGUUAUCCGAGGUCAACCAGCCAACGUUUUUCCACGACUGUUUAAGGAGUGGGAAAUAUCCAGGUUGACUUUCGAGUAUGACUCAGAACCUUUUGGGAAGGAGCGGGAUGCUGCUAUUAAGAAGCUUGCAAUGGAGGCUGGGGUGGAAGUCAUUGUCAAGAUCUCACAUACGCUUUACAAUCUGGACAAAAUCAUUGAGUUGAAUGGCGGUCAGCCACCACUCACCUACAAGCGUUUCCAGACUCUGAUCAGCCGUAUGGACCCACCAGAGAUGCCAGUGGAGACCAUGUCUAGCAACAUUAUGGGCUGCUGCGUUACACCUCUAUCUGAAGACCAUGGGGACAAAUAUGGUGUGCCUUCUCUUGAAGAGCUGGGGUUUGACACAGAAGGACUACCCUCUGCUGUGUGGCCAGGCGGGGAGACAGAAGCAUUAACAAGGAUUGAGAGACACUUAGAGAGAAAGGCUUGGGUGGCCAACUUUGAGAGACCAAGGAUGAAUGCCAACUCCCUGCUGGCCAGCCCCACAGGUCUGAGCCCUUACCUUCGCUUUGGCUGCCUCUCCUGUCGCCUCUUCUAUUUCAAACUCACAGAUCUCUACAGAAAGGUAAAGAAGACCAGUAGCCCUCCUCUCUCCCUCUAUGGCCAGCUGCUGUGGCGAGAAUUUUUUUACACUGCUGCCACCACUAACCCACGAUUUGACAAGAUGGAGGGCAACCCCAUCUGCGUUCGUAUUCCCUGGGAUAAGAACCCAGAGGCACUGGCCAAAUGGGCUGAGGCUAAAACUGGUUUCCCAUGGAUCGAUGCCAUCAUGACUCAACUGAGGCAGGAAGGCUGGAUCCAUCAUCUGGCUCGUCAUGCUGUGGCUUGCUUUCUCACCCGAGGAGACCUAUGGAUCAGUUGGGAGGAGGGCAUGAAGGUUUUUGAGGAGCUCCUACUGGAUGCAGACUGGAGUGUGAAUGCAGGCAGCUGGAUGUGGCUCUCUUGUAGCUCAUUCUUUCAGCAGUUCUUCCACUGCUACUGUCCAGUAGGGUUUGGUCGGCGUACUGACCCUAAUGGGGACUUCAUUAGACGCUAUUUACCUAUUCUUCGAGGUUUUCCGGCCAAGUAUAUCUACGAUCCAUGGAACGCCCCAGAUUCGGUGCAGACUGCAGCAAAGUGCAUCAUUGGAGUCCAUUACCCAAAGCCCAUGGUGAACCAUGCAGAGGCCAGUCGCCUUAACAUUGAGAGGAUGAAACAGAUCUACCAGCAACUCUCCCGCUAUAGAGGACUAGGACUUCUGGCCUCCGUGCCAUCUACGCACAACGGGAAUGGGAAUGGGAUGGUCUACUCUCCAGGAGAACAGCAGUCUGGGAACAGCAUACCAGCACCAGCCAAGUCAGGCAGUUCGGUUGCCAGUGGUAACCGGAGUGGAAGUAUUUUGCUGAACUUUGACAAUGAGGACCAGGGACCAAGCAGAAUGCAGCAGCAACAAAAGCUAGGACGUGUGCUUCACACAGCCGCACAGCGUGUCACAUGUAAGAGGGAGAGAGAAUCAGAACGAGACACUGAAGGUGACGACACCCUCUUCACCUCUAACAAGCUACAGCGACAAAUAGCAGAGAUCUCUACUGUGCAUCGCACCAAUGGCAACCAGCCUGUAGAGCUAGAUGGACAUAUCAAACUGAAGUGAACACAGAAGUUACCACUGGUUUUAAUAUGAAGACCUUUUCUUUCUUUGUUUAUGAUGGGAUAGGGAAUUGUAAUGCUGGCUAUAUGGUUUAGAAUUAAUAACCCAAAUGGUCAGUUAUUAAGAAAGUGAUUAUGACACUAUUAAAUAUAUGAAACUGGUCCUUUCUUCUUCAGAACAAUAUAUAUUUAUUUUAUUGUUUUCAACAUUUUUGUCAGUUAAUGCAGAUAAAUACUAUUUUUUCCAGGAAAAGAUGCUACUGCCACCAUAGUAUUUUGUAAAUUUGGAAACCUUUUAUAUAAAGAUGAAUUUAAACAACAUCAGAUCUUUGCAGCAGCCAGAAUAUUUGAGUGUUUAUAUGCAUUAAUAAGAGUCUUACUAACACAUAUUCUAAUUACAUUUGAAUGCAAAUGUUUGCAUACCCUUACUUCUAACUGAACAAUAAAACAAUAAAAUAUAAAACCAUCAAUGCAACGUUUAUGGUAUUGCUGUUAAGAGUAAAGAGUUUCAAAGGGAUAUUUUAGAAGGUGAUGUAAAUGUCUUAUUGUUAUUUCUGUUAUUCUGCUUGCCUCGUUAAAAAAAAAGUGUUUUUUAAAGAAUAUUUUUCCACUCUUUGUUCAUGUUUUUGUCUUCUUUUUUUUUUUCAUUUUAUUUUACUACUUUUUUUACACUGUUUACCAGCUUUCUGAAGGUCAGUAGUUUUUAUUUUAGAUUAGAUUUUUACUACUGCUGACUCAUGACUGCUUACAACUGUUUAUAGCAUAAAUAAGAAUGAGUAAGUAAAAAUGUAACUGGUUAAUUAAGCACAUUAAAAUAAGUCCGAGUAUGUCAUUGGAGUGCAAACUUUUGAAUUGCUAAUAAUGAUAACAGCAAAAAAAAAAAAAAAUUGUAUGUGCAGUUCAGGUUCUGUAAUUUUACUUUUGCACCCAUAAAACAAGAGGAAUGCAAACUUUUGCACUCAAAUGCAUAUUAAAUAUGAUAUUUUUUCUUUUUUUUUUCCA